GUGGCCGCUGUUCCUGGAAGUGACGACAGUGAGGUCGCGCGGCGACUGGCCGGCGAGCGGGAAGUUGGAGCGCGGUGGACGGUUCAACCGUCAACUGAGCCCAGCGCGGAGUCCGGCUGCUGGCAGUCGGUGUUUUUUCAUAUUAAGAUUAUUCUUGGCAAUAUGAUAAAUGCAACAUUGAUAAAUCACCGGCACCAUUUUGCAGUAUUUUCUGCCUUUAUGAAACCUUCAAGAUGUACUUUAUGGACUUUAAAUUCUGGAACAUCCUGAAGUGAUGAAAGACACUUGUCCUGUUCUUUUAUAAAUGAAAUUUGGCAUCAUGAUUACGAAGCAAUGGAAGAUCUCCAAUAAGGUGUUCCAAAAUGAUCGGAAGAUUCUUAGCGUUUGGCUGAGUUUAAGAAAAUAUAGUAAAUCUACUUAUGACUUUUCUGGACUUACUGAAACAUUGAUUGAGCUUUGUCAGAACAGGCAAUUGCUAUCUGGAGAUAAAAUCACACAAGACAUGCUUGUCAAUGGUUAUUUCAAUUACGGACAUUUGGGAAUGGAACUCAAGAGGAAUUUGGUUACUAACUGGUGGGACUCGAUGGUGUUAUCCAGGGAGCAGGUAUUUGGAAUGCAGAGUCCUCAUCAGUUGAAGGGGAAUCAGAAUUCUGACAACAGGUCAAUGAAACUGGUGGAUGUUGCAACAUUGCAAGUACCAUUAGAUAAGCAAGAUACGAAUGGAGAAGGAAUAUUCUCACUAAAAGACAGAUUGAAGGAAUACAUCGUUUUACGACCUAAUCUUCUGCAAGGAGCAUUUUGUGAAUAUACCAAAUCUUUGAAUCUUGUCAACAGGAAGUUACCUUUUGGUUUGGCUGAGAUUGGGGUAUGUUAUCAGCCCAUUACUGCACCUGAGUAUCCAACUGAGUUCAAUGCAGUAAGAACUGCAGAAGUGGAAUUGGCAUCAUUGGUAUGGUUCAGUUCUCCUCGGACCUCAGGAAGCUGGCUAGACUACUGGGUGCGUCAGCGUUUGCUGUGGUGGAGGAAAUUUGCCAAAAGUCCAUCAAGUUUUACAGCCGGUGACUCCCAGAAUAAUUAUGGAAUUAAAGGAACUACACUAUACUUCAGUUUUCCUUGGGGGAAGGAACCAAUUGAGACAUUGGUAAAUCUGGGAGACAAAGAUCUUUUGCGUGAGCACCAUGGAAAUAAAUCAAGCUUGCAAGGCCGAGAUGGGAGGAAAACUGUUAUUCCGUAUGUGCUAUCGAUGAAUGGGAAUCUGGAUCGAGGAGUGAUCGCAUUUCUCUUUGAUUCACUGCAGUUAAUUGAGAAAGUUGAUUCUAAAUUAAGAAAAAAUCAAAAAAAGGUGCUAAAGCUUCAUCCGUUUCUAGCUCCAUACAAAGUAGCUUUGGACACUGGAAAAGGACCUACGGUUGAGUUGCGUCAGGUAUGUGAGGGAUUAUUACGAGAGUUAUUGGAGAAAAGAAUUACAGUCUGGCCUGGUUACCUCGAAACUAUGCACUUGUCAAUGGAGCAGCUAGCUAUAAAGUAUGAUGAGAUGGGAGUCAUUUUUACAAUUGUUGUCAGUGAGACUACCCUAGAGAAUGGCUUAAUACAUCUCCGGAACCGAGAUACAACUAUGAAAGAGAUGGUUCACAUCUCAGAAGUGAGGGACUUUCUCACUAAGUACAUUCAGGAAUCUUGAGAAAAUGAUGUCUCUAUAGUACUGAUUGUUUAAAAUUUAAAAUAAAACCAUCAAGCCUUUCAGUGAUGAAA